CAACAAUAGAUGCAAAAUACAGCAGCCGUUUCUGCUUGAACUAUUGGCAGUGGUUGAGAGGCUCUACUGAAAAUUUCACACUCUUAAAAUAUUUUGGAGAAUUAACAGUCAUACCUGCUGGAUCAUAUGGUCACAAUCCUUAGGAUAAAGAGAAAGGAAAAUUAAAAACAGAACACAGAAGAAGACUACUAAAAUCUGGGGGAAACUGAUGAUGAGAGCAAGCAAAUAUUACGUUAAAGGAUUUAUUUAAAUAAGGAAGACAAGAUGCCUUUUGAGGUGUUCAAUACAUUGAAGGAGAGGUUUUUGAAGCCUGGGAAAGAAGUGAAGAAUACAGUAAGCGACUCACUGGGACACUUGCAAAGAAAAAUUGAUGGAACCAACCAGGAACAAGAGAAUAUUGAGCUGAAUGAAGAAGGAAGACCUGUGCAAGCCACAAACAAACCCCCUUUGUUUGACUGCUAUUGCUGCGGACUGCCCAAACGCUACAUCAUUGCUAUCAUGAGCGGCCUGGGGUUUUGUAUUUCUUUUGGAAUUAGAUGCAAUCUUGGUGUUGCCAUAGUGGAAAUGGUCAACAACAGUACAAUCUAUGUGAAUGGGAAGCCAGAGAUUGAGAAAGCACAAUUCAACUGGGAUCCAGAAACAGUGGGACUCAUUCACGGCUCAUUUUUCUGGGGCUAUAUUGUUACGCAAAUUCCAGGAGGCUUCAUUGCAAAUAAACUAGCAGCUAAUAGGGUAUUUGGAGCAGCUAUUUUCCUGACUUCCACACUAAACAUGUUCAUCCCUGCAGCUGCAAGAGUACAUUAUGGCUGUGUUAUGUUUGUAAGAAUUUUGCAAGGUCUUGUGGAGGGAGUGACCUACCCAGCAUGCCAUGGAAUGUGGAGUAAAUGGGCCCCUCCACUGGAAAGAAGCAGGCUAGCAACUACAUCUUUCUGUGGCUCCUAUGCUGGAGCAGUGGUCGCCAUGCCACUAGCUGGUAUUUUGGUACAGUACAUAGGAUGGUCCUCUGUCUUUUAUAUAUAUGGAAUGUUUGGUAUUAUCUGGUACAUGUUCUGGCUGUUGCACGCCUAUGAGAGCCCGGCAAUCCACCCAACAAUAACCUCAGAGGAACGAACUUAUAUAGAAACAAGUAUAGGAGGGGCCAAUUUAGUCAGUGCCAGUAGAUUUAGUACGCCGUGGAAGCAGUUCUUCACAUCAAUGCCAGUUUAUGCAAUCAUUGUGGCAAACUUCUGCAGAAGCUGGACUUUCUACUUACUGCUUAUAAGUCAGCCUGCCUACUUUGAAGAGGUCUUUGGAUUUGCGAUAAGUAAGGUUGGCCUUUUGUCUGCAGUUCCACAUAUGGUCAUGACUAUCAUUGUGCCCAUUGGAGGCCAGCUGGCUGACUUUUUACGAAGCAGAAGAAUUUUAACAACUACUGCAGUAAGAAAAAUCAUGAACUGUGGAGGCUUUGGGAUGGAAGCAACUUUACUUUUGGUGGUUGGCUAUUCUCACACAAGAGGAGUGGCUAUCUCUUUCUUGGUUUUAGCAGUAGGCUUCAGUGGAUUUGCUAUUUCAGGAUUUAAUGUCAACCAUUUAGAUAUUGCACCCCGGUAUGCCAGCAUCCUCAUGGGCAUCUCCAAUGGAGUUGGGACACUGUCCGGAAUGGUGUGCCCCCUCAUUGUUGGUGCAAUGACUAAACAUAAGACUCGUGAAGAGUGGCAAAAUGUCUUCCUAAUAGCUGCUCUGGUUCAUUAUAGUGGAGUGAUAUUUUAUGCAAUUUUUGCUUCUGGUGAGAAGCAGAAAUGGGCUGAUCCUGAAAGCUUGAAUGAUGAGAAAUGUGGAAUCAUUGACCAAGAUGAACUGGCUGAAGAGACUGAAAUGAACAAUGACAGUUUUGUUUGCCCGAAGAAAACGUACGGUGCUACCAUUCAAAAUGAUGAAGUACAACGAAAAGGAUUGCAAAAGCAAAAGGGAGUGACCAAAGAUGUAGAAGAACAGACUUCCUACCAGUAUGAAAAUGGAAAGUUUCAAGAUUCAUCAUGAAUUCAACCAUGUAUGAUUUGUGUUAAUGUUUCCAUCCCUGUGCAAACUCAAACGACAUCUAUAUUUACUUAGUUGUCAUUUUAGUGGAGGGUCAUGCCAAAUGGCUACAAGUCAUUUUCAACUUGUAUUACAACACAUGGGUUAAUUAGGAACAAAACUUGGAUGUGUAGUUUCCCUUUGUUCAGCCAUGGAUUCAAUCUCCUCUAUAAGAAGACCUCAGUCCUUCAUAUCAUACAGAUCCUUGCUAGCAUUAUUAAUGAGGUUCUGUACUAUGUCACUCGUUACCAAUGUAAGCAUGGUUUCAGAUCCAACACUUACUUCCCAACAAAUAUUUCUGCUGUGUUCAUCCCCACAGUGUCAUGAAACAGAGAAUGUAUUGUAGUGGAGAGAUGAUGCAGUGUUUAACCAAAGAUGACAUUGGUGACAAUGGAUGUUAUUCACUAGAUACACCGUUGAUAAGUCCACUGGUUAAUUUUUUUCCAAAGGUCUACUGGUGUUGGGCUAUUAUUUGAAGAGGGAUAACUUCAGCCAUUUCUCAACUUAGUAGCACGUAGAGAGAAUACAUGCUUUAAAAAUGUUGUACAUAUGCAAUGAUUGUAGUUAUGUCUUUAAUCCCACAACUUUGGCGUUGUAGCUUUGUUUGUUAAAAUAUUUAAACCCCACCUUUCUGUUAAAAAUUUCCUCAA